AUAAAAACAUUUGAAUACCUCAAUACAGUUCAUUGAAAUAAUUGCUAUGAGUGGUACGAAAACUUUGGUGACUUGUUUCCUUGUAAUAAUACUUGCAGUGUCGUUGUCUAACCACAACGUUUUGGCUUCAGAUGCAGAGAUCGAAGAUUUCUCAUUCGAUAACUGUAAUACUAGGUGUUACGGAAGUGAUGAAUGUAAUAACUACUGUAUUAGAGCUGGAUUUAAAAAUGGUGGACAUUGUGGUUCUGCUUGUAUUCCAUGUCCUGUGAAAUGUUGUUGCCAAAAGUAAUACAAACUUAUAUAAUCUCUCUCUCUAAA